CUUACAACUUUACUCUACUCUCUACAAUACGCAUGUUGCCUGCACUUGUAAGAUCUUAUUUUAUUGUUCCGGAAUCCGGAGCUGUCCGCCAUAUUUGUCUGUACGUGACUGGCGUGCUUGUUUUAAUAAGAAUUUAUUCAGUUUUACCCAGGAAAAAUUAUUGGCAUAAUGGGGAGUGGAGGUAAUCCUAUUAAAUUUGGUCCAGAGUGGCUUAGAAACUUGGGUGAAGGAACAAACCACGGAACAUCUUCCAGACAAACCAACAAUCAAAAUAAUCCUAAUGUAUCAGAAUCAGCUCAAGGGUCUUCAAGCAGAGGACUAAAUAAUCUACAAACAUCUCGAGCAUCUAGCCGAGAUACUAUUGUUGGUACAUCAUCAGGUUUUCGGCAGAAUAAUACUUCUAGAAUUCACCUAGCUAAUCUCAGAUAUGGACGAGAGGAAAUGUUAGCACUUUACGAUAGAAUGGUUGCAGCACCAGAACAAUUAAAGCAGUUUGAGUUGUUGUAUCACUCAAGGGGAAAAGCACCAUCCGCUUUAAACAUUUUUAAAGAUAGUCCAAAUGUUCCUGUUGAAGGCGCUACUGGUGGUCAAAUUGUUGGGACUGGCCUUACAAGUUUCAAUACUGGUCGUGGUCGUGGGAAUGGGGUAGGGACGGUUUAUUCUAAGAAAGCGACAACAGUGCGGCCAAAUACCACAAAUGCAGGAAGGGAUUGGAAUAGGGUAAGAACAGAUCCUGCACAGGGAGGCUCUGUGCCUCCAAAUGAAGAGGUCAGGAGGUCUUGGAAUACAAGUAGUACAUCUAGAGCAACUAGACAACCAACAACAGAACAAUCUGGUUGGGCAUCAACCAAAUUGUUCAGAAACAGGCGACCAAUACGAAGUACUAAUUGGAGACAAUCAGGCAGGGAGGAAGGCGAUGAAUGGAGGUCCCAAGAGCACACCUCUAGAUUUCCCAAUCCUGAACGUGAAUGGGCUGAAAGGCCGUCACAGGAAACACGUCAGUCUUGGAAUGCUAAUCGUCGUCCCUGGAACGAAGCUCAAAAUGAUGAAAUACCGGAGUGGGCCAAUGAUAAUGCAGACGCGGGUGCUGGCACUUUCGAUUCGUCUGGAGCAUUUCAUGGAUGCAGUGAUGAACCUCGGCCACCAGAACAGACUUUCCCUGUAACGCGACAGCAAGAAGAGGUGGCUGAAAAGUGGUGGUCAUCAGAAAAGGCUAAAAAGCUCUCUCCUAAACGCUUAAUCUCUGACAGGAAACAGGGACAAGCCUCCACAUCUGAUGAAGCAAGCACUGAAACUGAAACCAAUGUAAAUGAGUCGGAAGUUACAAUAACAGAGAGUAUGGCAGACAAAGAUGUCAACACUAAAAAUUACGAUGCUAUAAUGCGUCCAGAUAUGAAUGUCGGCAACGAAAGUAACAAUCUUAGCAAUUUCCAAUCCGUCAUGAUUUCUCAAAAUAACACCCUGCGUCAAAAACACCAGAAUAUUGUGACCUCAACUAGCUCUUCUUCUUCUACAACUCAGCAGCGCAGCUCAUAUGCUAUUUUUACCGAUAAUAGCAACCAUGACGCUGAGCACCCAAAAAAUGCACAACAAGAAAAAUUAUUUGAGGGGCACUCUGCUGAUAAUAAUGUGCCCAUUAGAAAUAAUGCAACACCUAACAAUCCACAUGGGGCUACUGUAGACAUGUCUGUAUUACCGGGGCAACCAGGACAGCAGGGAGGCCUAGUUAAUACACAAAUGCAUAUAGGACCUUCCACAACUGGCCUAGAAGCCCACAUUGCUUCAAGCACUACAAAUAUACCAAGCGCAGGGCAAAACAGUAUGGCAUCACUAGGAUUACAAAAUUCAGCAUCAGGAACUACUUUGAAUAUACAGAAAAAUGAAAUGAUGAUGCCGCCCCUUCAUGGAUUACCACAAAUGAUGUCAAACACUCCAUUUAACCCAGGAAUGAAUAUGGCUAUGCCUAUGCCAAUGUCUAUGCCUACUAUGCAACACCAUUCAAAAAUGAUGGAUGCAUUUCAACAUGUUCGUCCACAUGAUAUGGCACAAUCCAAUGCUUCUGUGCCAUAUUUAGGGCAAAAUAAUAAUGUGCCAAUGGGUAACAAUCUUCCACCAAAUCCUGCACUGGGAGUCUGCAUGUUCCCACCUCAUGGAAUUCCAAGGCAUGCUGCUCAACCACCUUUACUAAAUUCAGUCUAUGGUGGGCCGUCAGUUAUAAGUAACACUCAAAACUUUUUGGCUGAUUUGUGGUAUUACGAGGACCCAGAGAAAAAAAUACAAGGACCAUUUACAUCCCAAGAAAUGUGGAACUGGUACGUAGCUGGAUAUUUCCAGCCUUCACUGAUUGUGCGCAGAGCUUUUGAGAAUACGAUGCGUCCUCUAGCUGAUUAUGGACCGAUGCCAUUCUUCAAAGGGGGAAUGAACUCACAUGUAAAUUACCCACGCUCGCCCGAAGGAAUUAUUCCACAAGCCGGUUUUGGAUUAGGCGAGACGUCUCGUGUAUGGAGCCCGGCUCCACAUAGUCAAAAUGCAAUUUGGACGGAACCUAUGUUGUAUCCUGAAUCAAAUGUUAAUAACCUUCCGAGGCACUUCUGGGACGUCGAGCCGCCUGCAAUGCCUUCUAAAAGUAUCAUACUGCCUAAGGACAUGAAAACAGAGGAUGAGAUUUUAGCACAAAUUUUAAGUUCUCAAAAUAUACCAUUACCUGGGGUACCUCCCUCCGAAAAUAUGACGCCUCUAAACAAUCUACAUGCCAUGACUGUCGACGGCGGUUUUCCCAAACCACCCGUUGUUCCUGAUCUCUCACAGCUACCAGCUAUUCAACCAGAAUUGAUUCCUCGAUUUUCGCCGACUACAGUUGAGACAAAACCAGAAAUAAAAGAACCAGAGUUUCUGGAGCCUACUGUGAAUCCAGUCCCAGUAGAACCCGAUGCCGAUAGUGCUAAAGUACCUCCUACGAAAGGAGAACUUAAGAUUUUAAAGCCUAAUAAAAACGACACGGAUAAGAAUAAAAACAAAGAUUCUAAUAGUCCAAAAACGAAAGCUAAAAAAUCUAAAGAGGAAAUCAAGGAGAUUAAUGCUACAGUUACUACUAUGGAUGAUGUGGCAUCGAAGUCACUGGGAAAAAGAUCUGUUGAGUCUUCACCUUCGAAGGCAAGUAAGGAUGUCAAAGUUCUUAACAAGAAAGAGCUGGAAAAAGAAAAAAAGGAAUUAUUGAAGGAUGGUUUUACAAUCGUGAAAGGGGCUGAAAAAAAUAAUAACAAGGAGAUCAAAAAAAAGGUGGAAGAGGCCAAAGCUGUCGAAGAAGCUGCUCGUAAAAAAAAAGAAGAAGAAGCCGUGGCAGCAGCCGACGAAACCAGAAGAAUUGUUUUAGCGACAGCCAUCAAAAAGCAAGUAGAUCAGCAACAGCAGAAGCAAGUGGCAGACUCUGUCGCUAAGAAGGCUCCCUGGUCAGCAGUGGCCACUCAAGCAGCAGCCACAAGCAAAAGUGAAAUGACGUUAGCUGUAAUUCAAAGGCUCGAGCGCGAAAGGAAAUUGGAACAAAUAAAGGAACAGCAGGAGAUGAUGCAGAUUAUUGCUCAACAGCAGGCCGCAACAUUGGCCAGAGAACAGGAAGUACAAGCCGGUCUUGGUUGGGCUACAAAGAAAAAUCCCAAUGCUACUUCACCAAACUUAGCUGAAAUUCAGGCGAAAACGAGGCGAGAGGCGUCAUCUUCGACCGUUACAUCGGAGGUCGUAGAGGAGAAAUCACAAUCAUCCCCUGUUACGGCAAAUCAUGCACCAUGGAGAAGUAGUUCAAAUGGUGGCUUCUGGGAUUCCCCAAGUCAACGAAAUAAAUCAGAUCUAGAGAAAAGUGAAUCUAAACCAGUUGAGACUAAGAUUAAAUUCAAAUCGCCAGUACGGGCAGAGCCUUUAAAGAAGAAAACUCCCGCUAUGGAGUUUGAUGCUUGGUGUACCCAGGCCUUGGGCAUAUGGAGUUCCAACAUUGAUGUGUCGACUUUCAUGGUUUUCCUCAAAGACAUAGAGUCCCCUUACGAAGUUAAGGAUUACGUCAAAUACUACCUUGGCGAAUCCAAAGAGUCGAUCGACUUUUCUAGGCAAUUCCUUGAACGAAGGUCGAAAUUACUUCGUGUCGGUAUGGUGACGCCAUCAGACGAUCUCUGUUCGCCAGCGCUUGCCAUCAAUCCCCGCACUAAUUCAAUCUCCGACUAUCAAGAGGUUAAAGGUAAGGGUAAGAAAACAAAGAAGAACAAAAUGAUGAAAGUGGACGCUCGCAUACUGGGUUUCUCAGUUACGGCAGCCGAGGACCGCAUAAAUGUUGGCGAUAUUGAUACUGCAUGAGCCUUAAGAAACUCGCCCUGUGAUAAAUCCCAUGGCGAACUUUAGAUAGUAACUUAUGAAUGAGAUGUGUGAACGGGCUAUGGUAUCCAUCGCCCGCCAUACUUGCAUUCUGUGUCCAAACCGAAUGGCUUCAUUCAACUAUUUUUACCUAUGUAAUGAAGUUAUAAAAAUUUUAAAUAAUAUAAUAGAAGAAUUCUGCCUUCUCUAAUCUAUCUAUUUGAUGUUUAUAAUUUCAAAUUUCUGUUUUAUAAUCAUCUAUUGCAAUGUUUAAAUACUGUUCUGAUAAAAACAGUUACUAACUACAUCUAGUCCUUUUAUCUUAUUUAAAAUUUUUAAAGAACUGCAUUUCUAUCAAAUCUUUAUGCAAAUGAAUUAAUUUCUAGAUUUUUCACAUUUAUUUAUUUUCCAUAUAUUUUGUUUUUUUUUCUAUUUUUCAAUGAAUUUUUUUUGGUAUUUUUUUGGCAUUCUUUUAAAUUGCUUGUUUAAUGAUUUUCAAACAUCAGCGCCCACGGCUCAAAGCCUUAAAAAACGUGCCUUAUUGGCCAUUUUAAAUUAGUGAAUUAUUUUAAUCUGCCUGGUAAUCAUGCUAUGAUUCUAUGCGUUCCUAAAAAUAAAAAAUAUUUUAUUUUUACACCAUUUUCAAAAAUCAAUUUCAAUGUAGUAAAAAUGUGUGUCAUCCAUUACUGUGGGUUAUUUAUGGCAAGUGGCAAGACUCAUAGGUGUAGUUUUGUAAAAUGUAUUGUUAAUGGUCAUAAAAUAAUUUUAAGUGUUUUUAUUUUAUAAAAUGAUUUGUUUUAAAAUCGUUAUACUUAUUUAAAUAUACUUUGUUCUAGGGCAUGCUUAAUAGAUAAUUAUUAUAUAUAAAUGAUUUGACAUAUUGAAUGAAACUUAUAAAUAGUAAAGUUUGAUGCAUGGAUAAUGUUUUUAUUUGAUUAUUAUGCAUGAAUAUGAACUUGUUCUGAUUAUUGUUUUAAGGCGUGGCCUAAUUAUUGUUCAAAAUCUAGUUAUGUUUAUUGUUAGGAUACACUACGAUGGCAUUUUUAUAUCUUCGAAUAUUAAUAAAAGACCUUAUUUAAUAACACUAUGAACCUGAAAUAGCUAUCGAACAUGUUCACACAUCAUUGACACACACAUUUUAAAAUAUUCUUUAAUUAAUUUAGGUUUAUAGUAUGAUGUAUAAUGUUACAAUUGUUUUAAAUUUAUGUCAAUAUUAAUAAAUAAUAAUAAAUCUACAUAGCCUUAUUGUUAAGAUACACUACAAUAGAAUUUUUAUAUCUUCAAAUAUUAAUAAAAGACCUUAUUUAACACUAAGAACCUAAAAUAGCUAUCAAACAAGUUUCAUUAUUACUAGAGUCACAUGAUUGAUACACGCAUUAUAAAAUAUUCUUUAAUUAAUUUAGAUUUUUAGUAAGAUCUAUAAUGUAACAAUUACUUUAAAUUUGUCUCAAUAUUGUUAUAAAUCUAAUUUCAAUUGAAAGUUUUAAAUGUAAUACAUUUACCAUGUACCAACUGUUUGUUAUAUUAUGCGUUGAUAACUUUUUACUAUUGUAUCGAAUGGCGGCACUUAAGGCUUAUUUGUUUAGCUAGGAUUAAUAUUUUAAGCGCAAGGUAUAGGCUGCGGCACGUAAGUCUAGCGCUGGCGUAGAGGGGAUUGCUGCGCAUGUGUACUGUGGUGCGGGGGACGGAAUGCGACUGGAGAGCAAAUCGACGCUCUUCAUUCCGCUAGCCCCCCUCCGGUACCUUAUUUUUUACUUCUGCGCAAUAACGGUCAGCGCUAGAGUUUCGUGCCGCUACUUGUACACGCCAAUCCUCUUCUGAAACAGACAAUCCAACCGUGAAAGCAUUUGAUACUAAUGCCAUUGCUGAUAACAACGUAUUGAAAGUGCCAUCGUAGUACCGUCUUGUGCGAGUGAUGCGCCUAUAUAAGUGUUUAAUAGGCGAUUAAAAGUGCUUAAACUGUAACAAUGCAAUUAAUCAGUUGGUUACAGAUGCCCUGAUUGGCAUUACCUGUUAGGCACCUGAAGAUUAGUUAACAAACGAAGCAAUAAGUGUAAUUGAACAAGUUUUAGCUCUGAAUGUUAAACUUCUCUGUUGCUAUAUUAAAUGUAAAUAUAAUGAAAAAUAAAGAGAUAAUAUAAAUAUUUA